AGGAAACAAACUCAAUUCAAAGUCGGUGCACUUUGAGGAUUCAUUCCGGGAGGGGGGCAUGGAGCUCGGCUCCAAAAGGUGCUGCUGUUCGUGGAGAUGAAAUGUGCGCGUGAACAAAGGGGGGCAUGAACAAUGGCAGAAAGAGGGGGGAAGAGCGCGCCCGUGUACCGCAGCGUCUCCCUCAGAAAGUUGGGGUCGGUGGGGGCCGGCAGCAGCGAGGAGCAGCACAAAUCACAGGGUCCGGAGGCAGCCGGGCCGGCCCUCCCCGCGGAGCGCACGGACGCAGCAGGAGGAACGCGAAAAGUUUCCAAACUCACAACCACCGCCGGCCUCCCCACCGCAGAGCAGAAAAGAGCCUCCUCCGCCCUCCCCAUCUCAAUUUCUCCAUCCAUCCGCCAGCUCACGGAGAGGUUCAGCAGCGGGAGGACUCCUCCGCGGAGCUCCAGGAGUUUUCACGAGGAGGAGAAUCUGCAGGACAGCGACUCCCCCACCGCCGCAGAGUCUCCUUCCGAGGCCAAAGUAAAGCUCCUCUCCGGCACCGACUCUCUGUCCGGUUCGGAUUCGGAGAGGAGAACCGGGAGGCGCCUUUUGACGCGACUCCCAGCCGACAGCAGGAACUCUCCCGGGAAGAGGGACUAUUCCCAGAUCAACCCCAGGAAGGCUGCAAGCGAGGAGGAGGAUGGUGGCAGCAGAGGAGUUUCUCCACCCUGCAAAUCCCACAGGAGGUAUCUGUCUGUCCACCACAGAGACUUCAGCCCCCCUCACCCAGAAACUUGGCCCAGUGUCACCAGAAUUCGACAACUUUUCGAUGAGAAGGAAGGCAGAUAUUUGCAGAACCUGAAAGCGGCUGACAGAGGACUUCUGCAGGAGCUCAGCUGUCCUCCUCCUCCUCAGAGAGGGAGCAGAGAAAGCCUCCCUGCUGGAGAAACCUUCUGCCCAGACUGCAUCUCCAAAGGUCAUGCCUCCAAGAACCCAGAAGCAGAGGUAGAAACUGUCACAGACUCUAGAGGAGAUAUUUGUCAAAGCUGUUGUAGUCACUACUGUAGGAUUAGAAGGUCUGGUAGUUCAGAGGUGGAGCGUAAGAGCCCCAAAACGACAGGAUCGACAUCUGACCCCGGCCCUGACCUUCAACCUUCUGCUGCUUCAUCUUGCAGCCGCUCAGAAACCUUCUCCUGCUCCUCCUCUCCCCAGCAGCCUACACAGAGGGAGAGAAGGGAUAGGCAGGGGGUCGGGCUGCCCAGGGAUAGUUUACAUUCCUCACAUAGCUCCUCCAGAGAACCAGCCCCCACCACCUCCUCCUCUGCUCCAGAUAAAGCUAUUACCUCCUCCUCUUCUGUUGCUCCUUCAUCUGAGCUGGAAACCCCUCAAACUUCCAAGUCUCCCCUCGGAAAAUUUAGCUCUGGAGACGAAGAGGAAGUGCAAACCAGGAGGCGAAGAGGAGGUGGUCGGGGUGUCCCUGCAGAAGGAGGUCCCAUAGAGCGAGGGGCCAGCUUUUUGUCCCGCAGUAAAAAUGGCUGUUGGGCGACGAAGGCCUUUGGCAGGUCCUCAGGCAGCGAGGAGGACAGCCCCACCGCUCUAGGUUCCCACUGCCGGGAGGCAGCGCGGCGCCGCUCACUGAGAAAAAAGAAAAAGGUCGGCGGGUCGGCUCCGGCAGCAGGUCGGAAUGAUUGCAACCAUGACGAGUUAGAAGACAGCGACAGUGACUCAGCUGUGACCAUGGACCCUCCGGAGAGGCAUCCGCAAGGCACAGUCCAGAGAAGCCACUCUGCGCGAGAAACCGGCAUUCGCAGCAACAGAGCCAGGGUGCAGCACUGGGAGCGCAUCUCCUCACCUGUGAUGUCCAGCACACUCCCAGGUGUGUCGCGAGUGGCAAAGGUCCGCAUCCCUCCCUUCAUUUCUGGGGAUUCACGCUGCAGCAGCAGAUACUCCAGCUCUGAGACGCUGAAAGAUGAAGACCAAACCAGCUCUGGUAGUCGCGUCUCCAGGGGCUUCCUCAUGUCUGGGGGGACCCCGAGCAGUCCGAGCAGAGCAGCAUCUUCAUCCAUGCUGAGUAAAACGUACCACGGGAAUUUCACCAUGUAUCGCUCCCCAAGCUUUGGCCAUGGGGAUAACUUUUCCCGCGCCCCUGUACGCCCCCGGCUUGUACCAACUGUGUCACCCUCAACUUCUCGAACUCAUGGCGUCCCAUCAGGGGUCAGAGGUGGCGAGAGGGUGGUGUUAAAGAAAACAGGAGGUGGCAGCGUAAACGAUAAGGACAAAACCCAGAUUUCUACGUCCAACCCAGACAUUGCCUCAGAAACAAUCACCCUCCUAAAUUUCCUGAAGUCGGACUUGUCAGGCCUCAGAGUUCACAGGACAAGCGUAGGGGACCAAACUGGGGGUGUGGAGGGUUCCUUGGCGUACAGGAGGGACUCUGGUCCUCAACACGGGACUGUCAUGUCUUCCAGCCGUCGCCCCUCACUGAAGGACCUAACAGCCACACUACGGCGUGCUAAAUCCUUUACCUACUCAGACAAACCCUCAGUCAGUGUGAGGAGUUUUUUGAAAAGCGACGCCACAAAAAGAAGCUCCUCUGAACAACAGUUGGACUUGGAUGGAGAGGCGGGUGAGGUGAUGUCAGAGAGGGAAGUGGAAAGUGAUGGUGGAGACUUUAGAGUUGGACAUAGAAUGAGGUCGUACGGACACGAUGAAGAUGAAGAAGUGAUGCAAACCCCAAUGCAGAGAAGGUGUGCGCAGGAAGCCCAGCAGGUCAUUCAGGACAUCUGUCAGAUGUGUACCAGGAACGAUGAAGAGGACGAUGCGUUUCUAAAGAGACCCGGUGGUUCUCUGGGGGACACCUGCUCACAGUUCAACGGCACCGGUCAGGAGACAGAGAAGGCGGAGAGUUUCACAGAUGAAAGACAAGCUGAAGGAGCUGAAUUUGAGGAGGCAGCAGACAAAGAUAAACAUGUACAGGAGACGGGGGAGAGGAGUGGACAAAGAGUGCAGCUGGAGAAGCUGCUCAGCAGGAGCUCAGAGGGCUGGGAGAAGCCAGAGAGACGGAGCAGAGAGCUGCAAGGAGUUUUACUCAAGGGGGAUUCAGAGGAAAACAUGCUGUACGAACGCUCAGUGGAGGAACUUUCAGGCCAUGAGUCCAGUUUGACUGACGAGGGGAUUGUGACCGAGCCGGAGAUGGGUCCCAGCGACCUCUUGGAGAGGUCGCUCCCAGCAGGACUAAAUUUGGGGUUACGAAUCACAGGACAGGAGCUGGGGCAACCUGUGACUGCGUGGAAGCAUUUGUCUCUCUGUGACUCUGAAGAAAACAGGAUGGAGAGCAGCUCGAGUGGUCCAAACCGGCUGAUUUCUCAUCCUGAUGCUAGUGAGGGCGUCUAUGCUAACACAGAUGUGUCACAGUGGUCAGGAACAGGUGGGUUUGAAGCCCCUGCAACCCCAGGUGCUAUCCGUCGGAGGCGCAAGUUCUCGCCCUCAAACAGCAACAACACAGGCUCUGAUCCCAGUAGUGGCAGUCAUGCAGAGUCAGCAGCUGCUGCAGCUGUAGGAAACGGAGAGUCUACAGUCUACCGGUCCCUCAGCGAUCCCAUGCCUCAGCGGCGCUGCUCUGCUGCAGAAGACGGAAACAACAACUACUCUUCUGUGGACAGCAACUUUCUAGGAUCGCUGUCUAUAAAGGGGGCAGGUGGGGGCACGUCAGAGGCCUCUAAUGCAGCCGCAGUGACAGAAUACAAAGGCAGUGUUGCCAGUGACCUGUCAAUUUGCAGCGACGGCGGUCUCCGGGACGACAGCAUCCGUGAUUACAGUGGUGUCAUAAGAAACAUUGUUUCUGAGCCUGGCGCAAUGGACAAACUGGUGGUCGAUGAUCAUAGCAACGGCAAAGCCCCCAAAAAGAAGUCCUUCAGUGACCCCAGUCGCCGUAGCGACGCCCCUUUACUUUGCCAAAAUGACCCCCAGCUAAGGGGUCAGGCGGGCGCUCAGCCAAUAAGUGAGCUUGAUCAGUCCGGUCAGAUUCCACCCUCCAGCAGCGAGCCAAUCCUGAGUGAGCAAAGAGAGGAUCUGUGGGAACCGAAAGUCCAGCCUGCCAUGGUCAAGGUCACCCGGUCCCAGUCAGAAAGCUGCCCCAAAUCUAAUGACGACGAGGAUGUUGAUGACAUGAUAGACCAAGACAGAGAGGAAGAGGUGCAGAAAUUUAACUUCAACCUCAAGCUAGCUGAAGUCCUGUCUCCUAGACUGAUCCGCAGGCCCACCAGAAAACGUCCAAACAGGCUGCCGUUUGUGCCCCACGAGGACCCGUUUGAGCCCCUGGAACUGGGUCCAGACGGCCAACAGGUCAGCCACAGUGAGCUCGCCUCCUCUCCGCCACUAACGACCAAACCCAAGACUGCGCUGAAGCAUGUCCGCCACACCAGUGAACCUGCAACCUUCAUCCCCAUAUCCCCUGCUCCUCAUCUGCAGCCUCUCAAGGAAGCAGAGAGCAUCUCUAUCGGGCCUCCGGCAGAACCUCAGGUGUUCUCCAAGCCUGCAGGCGAAGAGGCUCCGUCACUGGAGGAUGUGACACAAAAAUAUAUCCUUGAUCUGAGCGCCCCUGAGAGAGACACGGGGGCAAAGGAGGUCUCUCAAGGUUCUGCAUCUAGCGUGGAGGCGCCUGGAGAAACCGCCAUCGGUGGACUGGCAGAAGCUGCACCUCAGAAGAAGGACAACACAUCGGUUUCUGCACCACAGAGGACCAAACCCAGAGUGGACAUGAGGAAACAUGUGAUGAUGACCCUCCUGGACACAGAACAGUCAUAUGUGGAAUCUUUGCGCAGCCUUGUUCAGGGCUACAUGCGUCCUCUCAAACAACCAGACAGUGGCGCCAUCGUGGACCCUCUGCUGGUGGAUGAGAUGUUCUUCCAGAUCCCAGAGAUCCUGGAGCACCACGAGGAUUUCCUGGACCAGGUUUCCAGCUGCGUCAGUCGUUGGCAUGACAGACAGACCAUUGGACACAUCCUCGUUCAAUCCUUCUCCAAAGAGACCCUGGCUGAUAUGUAUUCAGCAUACAUCGACAACUUUCUCAACGCCAAAGACGCCGUGAGGAUCGCCAAGGAGGCCAAGCCGGCUUUUCACAAGUUCCUGGAGCAAAACAUGCGAGAGAACAAAGAGAAGCAGGCUCUGGGCGACUUGAUGAUAAAACCAGUACAAAGGAUACCUCGCUAUGAGCUCCUCGUCAAGGACUUGCUGAAACACACUCCAGAGGAACACCCGGACCACUUGUACUUACUAGACGCUCAGAGGGACAUCAAGCGGCUGGCAGAGAAAAUCAACAAGGGUCGGCGCUCCGCUGAGGAGGCGGAGCGAGAGGCCAGGGUGAUACAGGAGAUCGAGGCUCACAUAGAGGGAGUGGAACAUAUUUUGAAUCCACAGAGGAAGUUCCUGAGACAGGAAAUAGUUAUGGAAGCGAAGACAGUUGGAGGGAAGAAGGACCGUUCCCUCUUCCUCUUCAGUGAUCUGAUCAUCUGCACCACUCUGAAGAGGAAGUCUGGUUCAUUAAGACGGAGCUCCAUGAGCCUAUACACUGCAGCCAGUGUGAUUGAUACCUCCAGUAAAUACAAGUUUUUGUGGAAACUGCCUUUAGAAGAGGUGGAGGUGGUAAAAAAUUCCACUCAGGCAACAAACAAGGAGAGCAUCCAGAAGAUAAUCAGCCGACUAGAGGAGGAUCUCAGCACGCUGGGGCAGAUCAGCAAACUGUCAGAGACCCUCAGCUUCCCACACCUGUCCUUAGAUGAGGUCAUAAAGGAUCUAAUGGCGUCGGUGCACAAAGAGCUGUCAGAGAAGCAGUCCUUAGCCUUCAGUAUGACGUUCCUGCCAACAAAGCUGGAGUUUACCACAGUCUCAGCUGAAAGCACCUUCGUCUUUGAAUUCAGCUCACCCGACGCUCGCUCCAGCUUCGAGCAGGCCUUCGAGGACGCCAAGAAGAAACUGGCUAUGAAUAAGGAUCAGUGGGACCCGGAGUUCCUGAAGGCCAUUCCCAUAAUGAAAACCCGCAGUGGAAUGCAGUUUUCAUGCGCCUCACCCAGCCACAGCUGCCCCGACAGCGGCUGUGAGGUGUGGGUGUGCAACAGUGACGGCUACGUGGGACAGGUCUGCUUGUUGAAUAUCAAAGACGAGCCCACGGUGGAGGCCUGCAUCGCCGUCUGCUCUGCACGGAUCAUUUGCAUCGCUGCAGUCCCAGGGCUCAAGGGAAGGGACCGCGGAUCAGAGCCGGCUCCAUCGUCUGCAGCAGCUGUUCACUCCCAGCAGCAGCAGCUCCACAUAUCCAUCUCUCAUUCUACUCUGGAGCUCACUGAGCAGCCGACUGGACCAGGAGCAGAGCUUGUUCCCUUUGACAGUGACGACACAGAUGAUGAAGACUCCCCCAGUCCUUCCUCUACUCUGCAGAGUCAAGCCAGCCACUCAACCAUCUCCUCCAGCUUUGGCAACGAUGAAGGCCCAGGCUCCAAAGACAUGGCUACGGAGACCACCAGCAGUGAGGAGGAGCAGGAGUUCCCGGUAGCGAGUUCCUACAGCGCUCCAGGGAUGCUAAGCAUUGGUGGAGGAAGCCGCGCCCUCACCGAGAGCCCCAUGGAUGGCCGGGCCAUGCGGCGGUCCUCUCGCGGAUCCUUCACCCGGGCCAGUCUGGAGGAUCUUCUGAGCAUCGACCCGGAGGCCUAUCAGAGCUCUGUGUGGCUGGGCACAGAGGAUGGAUGUAUCCACGUGUACCAGUCCUCCGACAACAUCCGCAACCGGAAGAACAGCAUGAAGAUGCAGCAUGCGGCCUCCAUCCUCUGCAUUCUGUUUUUCGACAACAAAGUGUUUGUGUCUUUAGCAAACGGAGAGGUGAUUGUGUAUCAAAGAGAAGCAGGUAGUUUCUGGGACCCUCAGUCUUCUCAGACAUUAGUUCUUGGUACGCCCAGUAGCCCGGUCACCAAAAUGGUUCCUGUUGGAGGGAAGCUCUGGUGUGGCUCGCAGAACAGAGUUCUGAUCAUCAACCCUUCUACACUGGUACAAGAGCACUGGUUCCAGGUGGGCACAGACAGCAAUCGCUGCGUGACGUGCAUGGUGGCGUACGGCCAUGGUGUGUGGCUGGCGCUGCAAGGGAGCGCCCAGGUCAGGCUGUACCACGCCCAGACCUGGGAGAGCUUGACGGAGGUGGACGUGGCUCCAGCUGUGCACAAAAUGCUCGCAGGCGCAGAUGCAAUCAUUCGACAGCACAAAGCUGCCUGUCUCAGAAUUACAGCCCUACUGGCCUGCAAAGACCUGCUGUGGAUCGGAACCAGUGCAGGUGUAGUUCUUACACUGGCGAUCCCACCGGUGACUUCUGGAACCGGAGCUGGGACUCUGAAAUCUUCUCUUGUGCCAAUGGGGUCGGCUCAUGGUCACACGGGCCACGUCCGGUUCCUUACGUCAAUCGAACUGCCUGAAGGGUUUGACAUGAACUUUCCUCCUACGACGACCGAUUCUGCAGGCAAUCCGUCUCAGAGCAGCAGCACAGUUGAGGGGGGCCUCCAACGCCGCAACUCAGCACAUCGCAGGACCUCUGCCCACAUCUCACCAAAAACCAACCAUCUGGUCAUCUCCGGUGGAGAUGGAUACGAGGAUUUCAGACUCACCAACAGCAGUGAAACAGUCGGGCGUGAUGACAGCACCAACCAUCUGUUGCUCUGGAGGGUCUGAGACGAUCAAAGCCUGGCUGCUCUGUCUGGCAGCGAUUGGUUCGCGAGCUCGUCACCUUCGACCUCAUCAGACUUGUGUUUUUGGCCCUUUGCUUGGUCUGCCAGUGUCUUUGUGCAUAAGUCAGCUGCUCCCUCCUGGAUGUACGCUAGAAUGCAUCAUCAAAGCUGGUUUUGUUGUGGUAAUGUCCAAUUCUGUGCAGAUGUCUGUAAGUGUAGCUUAAAAAACGUGUCUUUAGACAUGAGCUUUUACUGAAAAGACUUCAAAAGACAAAGAAGGGAUUUAUGGUAUGCUCAGACGGGAAAGAAGGGCCGCACAGACGUAGAUGUGGAUUCUACGGAGCGUCGUUGCACAAGAGGAUGAAGGAGGACGUUUCAGAGAAGCAUUUGAUAUUCUUUCUUUUUGGAAUUCAAGACUUCAUCGUCGCGUUGGACUCAGCACCUCCAGACUACAGUUCAAGGCUCUGGUGUAUGAGUUUGGGUUGGAAUAAGCUGCAAGCCCUCACAGGCGUAGAAGACGGUGUUGUGUGCUUUGAGCCUGACUGGAGAGCGCAUCUUUCUUCCUCUUGGAGGAAAGGUCAUGAUGUUUCUUAAUGGCUGAUCAUAGAUGUGAAACUUCUACAGUCGUUGUUCCUUGAGGAGUAAAAGCAUCAUUUUUUUGUGAAAUGUGUGACCACCCGCACAGAAAGUGCCGUCUUACCGGUCGGAAGGCGCUCAGCAGAUGGUGACUUUGUUGUUGUUUUAAUUUGUCCUUUUUUUGCCAGUUACCUGCCAUUUAAAGAUGGGUUCUACUGCUGGUUUGAAGAAAAAAAAUGGAGACAUUCCUCCUUAACAUGACCAUGCCAAAGUCUUACAUGUGCAAACAUGUCCUGCCAUGAAAUUUCCGUUUUUGUCUGAACGCUCUGUUAUUUUUGGACAGGGUCUCUUUAAAGAGGAUGCUAGGCCGCGGUAGCAGGAAAAGAUAUGUGUACAGUAUUUAUGGUUUCAAUUUUAGCGCCUUCUUUUACAGCACUUAAUUUAUAGAAGAUGUAGCUUUCACGUUUUCUUGUUGAACUGGCGAACGCGGCGCCAUGGCUUGCUGUGAGGACAGUUAGGGCGUGGCUUCGCUCAGGCGGGCACACACGGGCACAUUUUUUUUGGGGGGGGGGGAUUGUUCACCAAAAUAUAAAGCUUUUGAAUGGUCAUAGAUGCUGACGGGCAAAAUACUUGUGCCACUGAAAGAAUCUGUCUUGUUGAAUCUUAAAGAUUUGUAUCCCUAAUGCAAAAAAGAGAUGAUCAAAAACAGGAUUUUGGUCAAGCACAUAAGACGGGGGGGGGGGGAGUUUGUCGGAAGGACAAACGUUUAGCCGCAUGUGGCUCCUGAAGUCUACAAGUUAAGCCAUGACACACUCAAACACACACACACGGUGAACAACAGCAGAUGUCUGUAGAAGUGAAGGAUGACUCGGCCUUUUCCUCACACGCACGCACACACAUAGGAGUUUGCUUCUGGCUGUGUUGGGUUUAGGAGCGUUGGAUCCCUCCAAGCCUAGAAAACCUCAUUGCACUUUACCGGCCAUCUGGACUCUUCACCUGAGCUUUCCCGCUUCUUAAUGCAAACAUACCGCUCUCCCCCUCUGGCAGGGGUAAGAGGAUUUACUAGCUGCUAACAAGCUGGCUAGCAUUUCACAGACCUUCCAAGUGUUCUGCUAUUAGCUUAAUAGCAUUUAAGAAAAGCUUUGGUGUCGUUUUCAAGCAACCCUAAAGCAAACUUAUCCUAGCAUGUUAAGAUCACGCACCAUGAAAUUAAAAAAAAAGUUAUUUUUCUGAUUUUCCAAUGCUAAUCCCAGUGUUCACUUGAAUCAGAUAAGUGCUAAAAAUGUGCAAAAUUUUGUUUUGGGCGGGAAUUCUUUUCAAAUGACCCCUCCCCCACAGGAACCAGCAUAAAAGCAGCAUCAAGGGUUAUUUCCUAUAUUUCUUCAAGUUUAUGUUUAAAAAUCUUUUUUUUUAUCUUUUGUGUGAUCAAUUUUUGUACCAAGCUGCCAGUUUUGGUCUAUGAAAAGUCUGUAAGUCUGAUGGCUCAACUCCCUGCAGGACGACAAGCAACUGAACUCUGUGAAUGUCUGAGUUUCCAUUCGACCUCCUGAUUAUUGACUGAUCAUGCACUUUGGUUGGAGUUACCUUUUGAUCCAGUAGAAUCUUUCCAUCAUCACAAUUUUGAGCCAAACAUAAUGAACCUAAACUUGGAUUAAAACGCCAAGAUAUGAAGUAAAACAAAAAGCGACGCUUUAUGAAAAUCAUUCCAAACUUUUGGUCUCGACUUGUAUAUAACUUUUUCUUGCCCGUCUGUGAAGUAGGUCUUAUUGUUGUAAAUAUUGGUACACUUCCCCCUCUUUUCUGUUAAAAAAUGCACCCACAGUUCUCAGUUGUUCAUAUGUCAUGUGUGAAAGAUUUGUUUAUGUUCGUGUUUUUUUUUCUUCUCUUCAUAUUUGCUGUCAGUCACAUUUAAAUUAUAGCUGUCACCUGUUUUUUUAGGAUGAUUUCUAAAAAUAUUUGGUAUUUAUGUCGUCACCUUCAGCUGCAGGACAUGCUUUUGUUUGCUUUGUUACUCCUGAACACAGAAAGGAAAAACAUUUUUUUUUUUUUUUGCACGGACACCUUCCCAACUCUGACUGACACCUCCCAGUUGUCGUGGCAACCCCCCCAUCAGAGGUACCUCCUGUAUGUAGCUGUUUCUCUUUGUAAUUAAAUCAUUUCACUGGUGA